AUGCAGUAUGGGAAGCUGGAGGAGUUUGUGACUCUGGUGACAGAGAUGGUUCCGGAGCUCCUGACGUUCAGGCAAAGGGUCCAACUCAUCCUGGGACUGAGAGUGAGGGUGAGACAGGUGGAAGUGUUGAGGGUUGGGAAUGGUGUAGGGUUGGGGAAAUAAUUUGAGAAAUGUCUACCACUAAAGUAUAAUGUGGGCCAUUUGGUGAGAUUCAGACCUUUGUUCACCCCAAGCCCCUGGAUGUCACAGUUAUCAUUUACACUCAUUAUCAGUUACAUAUUUGACUCAGUAUCUGGUGUGACUACGAUUUGCCUCAUGCAGCGCCACAUCUCCUUCGCAUAGAGUUGAUCAGGCUGUUGACUGUUGUGGAAUGUUGUCCCGCUCCUCUUCAAUGGCUGUACGAAGUUGCUGGAUAUUGUCGGGAACUGGAACACGCUGUCGUACACGUCGAUCUAGAGCAUCCCAAACAGGCUCAAUAGGUGACAUGUCUGGUGAGUAUGCAGACCAUGGAAGAACUGGGACAUUUUCAGCUUCCAGGAAUUGUGUACUGAUCCUUACGACAUGUGGCCGUGCAUUAUCAUGCUGAAACAUGAGGGUGAUGGCGGUGGAUGAAUGACACAACAAUGGGCCUCAGGAUCUCGUCAUGGUAUCUCUGUGCAUUCAAAUUGCCAUCGAUAAAAUGCAAUUGUGUUCUUUGUCCAUAGCUUAUGCCUGCUCAUACCAUAUCUCCACCGCCACCAUGGGGCACUCUGUUCACAACAUUGACAUCAGCAAAACGCUCUCCCACACAACGCCAUUCCCGCUGUCUGCCAUCUGCCCGGUACAGUUGAAACUGGGAUUAAUCCGUGAAGAGCACAAUUCUCCAGCGUGCCAGUGGCCAUCGAAGGUGAGUGUUUGCACACUGAAGUCGGGUAUGAUGCCGAACUGCAGUCAGGUCAAGACCCUGGUGAGGAUGCAGAGCACACAUAUGAGCUUCCCUAAGACUCUUUCUGACAGUUAGUGCAGAAAUGCUUUGGUUGUGCAAACCCACAGUUUCAUCAGCUGUCCGGGUGACUGGGCUCAGACGAUCCCGCGGGUGAAGAAGCCAGAUAUGGAGGUCCUGGGCUGGCGUGGUUAUACGUGGUCUGCGGUUAUGAGACCGGUUGUACGUACUGCAAAACUCUCUAAAAUGACUUCAGAGGCGGCUUAUGGUAGAGAGAUGAACAUUCCAUUUUCUGGCAACAGCUCUGGUGGACAUUUCUGCAAUCAGCAUGCCAAUUGCACGCUCCCUCAACUUGAGACAUCUGUGGCAUUGUGUUGUGUGACAAAACAGCACAUUUUGGUGGCCUUUUAUUUUCCCAGCACAAGGUGCACCUUUUGUAAUGAUCAUGCUGUUUAAUCAGCUUCUUGAUAUGCACACCUGUCAGGUGGAUGGAUUAUCAUGGCAAAGGAGAAAUGCUCACUAACAGGAUAUAAACACAUUUGAGAAAAAUAAGCUUUUUGUGCGUUUGGAAAAUUUGUGGGAUCUUUUAUUUCUGCUCAUGAAACAUGGGACCAACACUUUACAUGUUGCGUUUAUUUUUGUUCAGUAAUAAUUUGUUCAUAGCUACAACAGUAUACGCCUCCUGUUUCAGCUGGUUCUUGAAUUGUGUCGUGGUGUGGAGUCUAACCCAGCUGGCUACAAAACAACCCAGCCCCACCUGGACAGAAUCCAUUCAUGCACAACACGUAAAGGGGUAAGUAACCUGUAUGUGUAACACACAUCAGUCUGUUAAUGGCAAGUCUGCUUUACCUAGUUCUCAUUGUAGUUGUUUACAGUUGUUUUGUGUGUGUGAUUUACAUAUUCAGAGCAAAGACAAAGAAGUGGAGGCCUCAAAGGAUAACUUUGUGGAGCUGGUCCAAACUCUGCUAGACGACGCAACGAAGAGGGAACACUUUUUUCAGGUGAGAUAAUAUCUAACAUCUAGAUGCUAUGAAUCCCACCUUCAAAGGACUAGAACAGGGAUGGCCAACUCAAUUAUAAUUUUUUGUCAACUCAGUCGGGGUUUCAACUUACUGUUGCGAGUUAGAAUAGUAGAAUACACGAGGUGCAAUUUCGAAAUUGGUUUGUUCAAUAACAGUUUUUGUCUUACGUCAGUCACUGAUAGUCACUCAAUUAGCCCAUGUCGGCCCCCGAGUGGCGCAGUGGUUUAAGGCACUGCAGUGCUUGAGGCAUCACUACAGAUCCGGAUUCAAUCCCGGGCUGUGUCGCAGCCGGCCGCGACUGGGAGACCCAUGAGGCGACGCACAGCGUCGUCCGGAUUAGGGUAGAGUUUGGUCGGCCGGGAUGUCCUUGUCCUAUCGCGCUCUAGCGACUCCUGUGGUGGGCUGUGCGCAUGCAUGCUGACAGUCGCCAGUUGUACUGUGUUUCCUCCGCACACAUUGGUGCGGCUGGCUUCCGGGUUAAGCGAGCAGUGUGUCAAGAAGCAGUGCGGCUUGGCAGGGUCGUGUUGCGGUGGACGCAUGGCUCUCGACCUUCGCCUCUCCCGAGUCCAUACGGGAGUUGCAGCGAUGGGACAAGACUGUAACUACCAAUUGGAUAUCAUGAAAAAGGGGUAAAACUAAAAAAUAUAAUAAUAACAAUUUGCCCAUUUCAGUUAAAAUUUUUAGAUUGAUAAAUGAGUCUAGCGGCCAGCUAUCUAAACUUGGUAAUAAUGGUUGAAUUACCAGCUGGGGGGCCCCCAUUGAUUGUGUUAGUCAGUCUCACUCAGAUAUCAUAUUAAAAACUGCAAACAUUUCUCUCCACCCUAUGACAAAAUGUGUAGAAUUGCAGCAAACUUGCUUUAAAACUGCAACAUUUUCUUAAUGCUCCAUGGCAAAAUGUGUAGAAUUGCACAAAAUUUCAUCUAAAACAAAAUGUUUCUCCCUUCUGUCAAGAGGGGGGCUGCUAAAAUGUGGUGGUGGGGAGGUAUGCACAUAUGGGGACGCAGACUCGCGAGCAACUGCGGCCCCUGAUGAGUUCAGAUUUUUUGUGGCCCCCACCCCCAUUAAAGUUGCCCAUCCCUAGACUAGAAUGACCUCAAGGUGAAUAUUGAACAUGAUUAAAUUACUACAUAUGCCUUGGCUAAAACCACAUGACUCUCCCUUUCCUUCUCUGUGUUGAAGGAGGUGUUCCCUGUGCAGUACAGCACUAGGUAGGACACAGCACUGCAGAUACUGGUGUGGCAGUUCUUCAACAGACUGGAGGAGAUGCUGCCAGUGCCCAGCUUUACACAGGUACCAUCUCCAUCCUAUUAGAUCAUCUAAUGUUGACAUUCAUUUGUAAGACUUGCUUGAAAUGUAGGAUUUUUAAAAAUGUUUAAAUGACCUCCUGCCAUGAAUGAAUAAACAUCAAUACGUGUCAAUGGGGUAGGGUCUAGGGGUCAUGUGGGAUUGGACUGUGCUUUUCUCUGUUCUGCUUAUUCUCUCCCUCAGACAGCAUCCAUUCUCAAACUGACCCCUGCUGACCUGGAGGAGUGUCAGCAUUCUGUCUCUGACCCUGAGCAUCUGAAGACACUGCUGCAGCAUCAUAGAAAUCUGGGGCACCUAAAAAAAGGUUAGGAUCCCUCAGGUGAUCUAUUUGAACUUGUGUUAACCUCUGGGGUCAAUGCUUGUGGGGGAUUCUCCUGAAAGAGAAUUUGGAGUUAUUUGGAUUCUCUCUCUUUUCAAGAUCUUUUCUUCUAUGACUCUGAUACCAUCCUGUCCACGUUGUCCCUCCUCGCUCCCUCACUGAAGUCUGAACAGACCAAAAGAGGCAGAGAAAAAGGCAUGGUGAAGAACGAGAGCGAUGUGAGGAGAAACAGAGAGAAGGAAAAGCCUAAAGGGCUGAAAGAACAGGAGAGUGGCGAGGAGAGACAGCAAGAAGUCAGUGGGGAGGACGAAGAUGCCAAUGAGGAAAGUGAUGAGGGCACUGAAAGACUGGAAGAGGCUGGGGAAUCCUCUGGGAACUCAGGGCAGCAGAAACAGCCAUCAUUAGUGGCCAUCAAUGGUAAGGAAAUUCAGGGUGGAAUACAUUGCAUACAUCCAUACACUGGCAAACUGAGUUGGUGAAGUUUGAUUACUUUUUCCAGUAGCAGAGUCUGGUUGUUAGUGAAACGUAUUUUAACAUAAGAACACUUUGUUGUUGUUGAAUUUGAAUGUAGUUUAGAUCAAUUUAGUGCACAGAUUUUAUUAUUGCACAACCUGCAUGGACUUUCAAUUUUUUUAAAAUAUUUAUUAUCGCCUCAUCAGCUACUGAAGGCAAUCUGAAAUGGGGUGAACUCAGUGGCCCUUAUUUAUUUUUGAACCCACCUCCCCCCUCACUUUUGGAAGUAAUAAACUAUUUUUGUUUAAACACAUUUUUUCCUUUAUUAUUAAAUGUUUAUUUUUGGUUAUAUAUAUAUAUAUAUAUAUAUACACACACACAGUGGGGAGAACAAGUAUUUGAUACACUGCCGAUUUUGCAGGUUUUCCUACUUACAAAGCAUGUAGAGGUCUGUAAUUUUUAUCAUAGGUACACUUCAACUGUGAGAGAUGGAAUCUAAAACAAAAAUCUAGAAAAUCACAUUGUAUGAUUUUUAAGUAAUGAAUUUGCAUUUUAUUGCAUGACAUAAGUAUUUGAUACAUCAGAAAAGCAGAACUUAAUAUUUGGUACAGAAACCUUUGUUUGCAAUUACAGAGAUCAUACGUUUCCUGUAGGUCUUGACCAGGUUUGCACACACUGCAGCAGGGAUUUUGGCCCACUCCUCCAUACAGACCUUCUCCAGAUCCUUCAGGUUUCGGGGCUGUCGCUGGGCAAUACGGACUUUCAGCUCCCUCCAAAGAUUUUCUAUUGGGUUCAGGUCUGGAGACUGGCUAGGCCACUCCAGGACCUUGAGAUGCUUCUUACGGAGCCACUCCUUAGUUGCCCUGGCUGUGUGUUUCAGGUCAUUGUCAUGCUUGGAAGACCCAGCCACGACCCAUCUUCAAUGCUCUUACUAAGGGAAGGAGGUUGUUGGCCAAGAUCUCGCGAUACAUGGCCCCAUCCAUCCUCCCCUCAAUACGGUGUAGUCGUCCUGUCCCCUUUGCAGAAAAGCAUCCCCAAAGAAUGAUGUUUCCACCUCCAUGCUUCACGGUUGGGAUGGUGUUCUUGGGGUUGUACUCAUCCUUCUUCUUCCUCCAAACACGGCGAGUAGAGUUUAGACCAAAAAGCUCAAUUUUUGUCUCAUCAGACCACAUGACCUUCUCCCAUUCCUCCUCUGGAUCAUCCAGAUGGUCAUUAGCAAACUUCAGAUGGGCCUGGACAUGCGCUGGUUUGAGCAGGGGGACCUUGUGUGCGCUGCAGGAUUUUAAUCCAUGACGGCGUAGUGUGUUACUAAUGGUUUUCUUUCAGACUGUGGUCCCAGCUCUCUUCAGGUCAUUGACCAGGUCCUGUCGUGUAGUUCUGGGCUGAUCCCUCACCUUCCUCAUGAUCAUUGAUGCCCCACGAGGUGAGAUCUUGCAUGGAGCCCCAGACCAAGGGUGAUUGACCGUCAUCUUGAACUUCUUCCAUUUUCUAAUAAUUGCGCCAACAGUUGUUGCCUUCUCACCAAGCUGCUUGCCUAUUGUCCUGUAGCCCAUCCCAGCCUUGUGUAGGUCUACAAUUUUAUCCCUGAUGUCCUUACACAGCUCUCUGGUCUUGGCCAUUGUGGAGAGGUUGGAGUCUGUUUGAUUGAGUGUGUGGACAGGUGUCUUUUAUACAGGUAACGAGUUCAAACAGGUGCAGUUAAUACAGGUAAUGAGUGGAGAACAGGAGGGCUUCUUAAAGAAAAACUAACAGGUCUGUGAGAGCCGGAAUUCUUACUGGUUGGUAGGUGAUCAAAUACUUAUGUCAUGCAAUAAAAUGCAAAUGAAUUACUUAAAAAUCAUACAAUGUCAUUUUCUGGAUUUUUGUUUUAGAUUCCGUCUCUCACAGUUGAAGUGUACCUAUGAUAAAAAUUACAGACCUUUAGAUGCUUUGUAAGUAGGAAAACCUGCAAAAUCGGCAGUGUAUCAAAUACUUGUUCUCCCCACUGUAUAUAUCAUUAUUUUUACAAGGAGGCUCUUUUCUUUUUUGGUCCUUUUCUUUUUUUAUUGGUAUUUUUGAUCAUAAGCAUGUAAUCCAAUUGACAGCUAUUACAAAUAACCAUCCCACGAUAGGGAUUUGGGAUCUAAAGGUUCAUGGUCCCCCAGACUACUGAUCCACACCUCCCCCAGAACACCCCACCCUCUUAGCCCACUACCCCAGUGUGGUGGACACACAAAAGAAAACAAACAAGGGGGAAAAAAUCUAUCCCACACAUAAACAAUUACCCUGACAAACUACAAAAAUACAUAAACAGAAAUUACAUAAAGUAACUCAACGACAACAAAAACAACAACUAGAAUUGUCAUAUGACGCGAUCAGUGCAUGUUUAACUUGAAACUUUUCCUUUGCCCAGUGGCCCUUAUUCCACUCUCCUGUGUUUUCUACCUGCAGGACAAGCUAAAGCCAAGCCCCCCCAGUCCCAGGGCUUCUCCUGCUCACAGUGCCAGUUCUCCAACAGGAGAUGGCUCACCCUCCAGGAGCACAUCAAGAAGAACCAUCCAAAGGAGGACAGUGGGAUCCUGGGCUCUGGAGAAGCUGGAUCUGAAAACAUCGCCCUGCCUGUCAGUGAGACGGAAAGCUCCUCAGCCAAGAAGACCAGGACGAACAGGUACAUCUGCUCCCAGUGUGGGAAGGGUUACAAAUGUUCAUAUGAACUGAGACGACACGAAACAGUUCACUCUGAGGUGAAGCCCUUCCAUUGUGACCCGUGUGAGAAGAGAUACAAAACGAAGGUGGCUCUAAAACAGAACCUUAGGAUGCACAGAGGGGAGAAGGCGUUCUUAUGUAGCGUUUGUGGAAUGGCCUGUUGCACGUCAAGUCACUUGAGGGUACAUAUGAAAACACACACAGGUGAACAGCCCUACAGCUGUGAACAUUGUGGGAAGAGAUUCAACUUUCCUGGAAAUCUCACAGUGCAUCUGCUGAGUGACACUGGAGAAAGGCCAUAUGUUUGCUCACAUUGUGGCAGAGGCUUUAGGUCUGCAGGAACUUUACAAUCCCAUGUACGCACUCACACUGGGGAGCGACCUUUUGUCUGUUCUAUUUGUGGGAAGGGAUUUAUUCAACAUCAAAUACUGAUCGGUCACCUCCGCUGGCACAGAGGGGAAAAACCGUUCUUAUGUACCGUUUGUGGAAAUAAUUUUAGUACCUCAGGUGUCUUGUUGGUACACACACGGAUGAACGCCCCAAAAGCUGUGAGCAUUGUGGGAAGAGGUUGCGAUCUCACAAUACAUGGGCGGAUCCACACUGGUGAGCGGCCGUUCUCCUGCACACAGUGCGACAAAUGCUUCACUUCCCACAGCGACCUUUGCAGACACAUGCGAAUCCAUACAGGAGAGAAACCUUACCAGUGUAGAAUGUGCGAUAGGAGAUUCACUGAAAGCGGCAACUUGAAAGUACACCAGCGGGUUCAUCGGGGAACAGCCACAAAUGUACGGGUUUCAGUGUGUAAUAUCAGUACGGCCCACCACAAAUCACCAAGUGCGGCAAGAAAGAAGGAAAGAAAGAAAGACAAUGUUCCACCUCUCCUCGUUGGACAUGAGUUGCAGUAGCCACAGUCUAUCCAUGUUCUAAGAACACGCAUUAUAUUGGAACAACGUUAUGAUUCCCAUUAUAACGAGGAUUGUUAUUUUAUAAUAAGUUAUUGAUUGAUUUGCGUUGUAAUAACAUCUUCCUUCUCAUAGAAGCACGAUAA